CCGGUGCUUUGAGUGAGACUGUGCCUGAAAAAGUGUGUGUGUGUUUUCUGCAUAUGUUGCAUAUACUGUACCGUGCUGCUGUGCAUGUCUUUGCCACCGAGCACUCGGUUGCUAACAACUGUGCACACAGCAGCUCAAAGAACGAGAUUGUUGGUGUGCAGCCAGACAGAAAAAAAUUAUUUAUUUUUAUCACAAGCAAGCAACAGUAUGAAAUGUAAGCAUCUUUACUUCAUAAAGUAGCUGAGCUUUAUAGCCUUAUUGGCAAGCAGUUUAUUUAUGUUAUAGUUAAAAUUACUAGAUAGAGAAAGGUAAUUACGAGGCUGCUAGUUGUUAAUUUACUAUGACUGGAUGUUAUGGACACCAGGGACUAUUAUGGAGUCAUGCUGAUAUUAAUUAAGGUGUAGUUAGUGAAUAUAGAUUUGACACCAUAUACUAAGUGCGUUAAUCUUUGUCCAUUUAGAACUCCUACUAUAUUGUGGUGUAUAUGUGGCAGUUAUUUAAAGGGUAUAUUACUUUUUAAAUUAUUCAGUGUGCAUCUUACAUCCACUAGUAAAAGCUCCUGCCGCAUCAAACUGAUUGCCUUGUGGAGAAUGAAUCAAGAGUGAAUAGAAAUCCUUGGUGGAGUUGUAGGGCACACAGAGAGAGACAGUUCCCCGUUCUCAUCGUCAUGAGUGCUGUGUGUGUCUGUCUGGAGUGUUUCAGUAUUUAAUGGCCUCACUAUUUCCUGCGUGGAGCGAAACUGACAAAUUUUACGACCAUGGAAAGGCUUUGACUGUCUGCCUGUGAUCAAUCAGUGGUGUAAUUGAUGAGGUGGAGCCAGAUUAUUUCUGUCUGCUCUCCCCUCUCUUCCCUUUUUGCCUCCUUUCCUUUCUUUCUCUGACACAUUUUCAUACUUCUCUUGUCCUGUGUCCCCCACUCUGUAGAUCUCCAUAUCAAUCUAAAAAAAUGACCUUUUUCUACACUCAUGAAAACCCAACCUCUGUUUUUUCUCCUUCUCUUUCAGUCACCUGGCUCACAAUUUCCACACUGCUUUUUUCCUAAACUAUCCUUUGAUCACUGUAAUCUUUCUGCUGGUGCUAUCUCUUCUCUACUUUCUCCCUGUCUUCCAUGAUAAAGCUUUCUCUUUGUAAAUGUCACUUUUUUUUCCUCUUGCUCCUCUUUUGUGAUUCCUGUCCCCUCCAUCUCCGCUUGGCUUAUUCAGUGUCAGUGCAGGGUCCUCACCAGCGGUUCCUGCUCAGGGAGCUGCUGAGGGACUACAACCCCAUGGAGAGGCCGGUGGCCAACGACUCCCAGGCUCUCACUGUUCAAUUCUCCCUUACUCUAAUGCAGGUCAUGGAUGUGGAUGAAAAGAACCAGAUCAUUACCACGAAUGCUUGGCUGCAGAUGCAGUGGUAUGACCACUACCUCCAGUGGAACCAGUCAGAGUAUCCUGGAGUUAAGAACCUCCGUUUCACUCCUGACCAGGUCUGGACACCUGACAUACUGCUUUACAACAGUGCUCAUGAUAAGUUUGAUGCCACCUUUAAGACCAAUGUACUAGUUAACUCCAGCGGCUUCUGUGAGUACCUGCCUCCAGGAAUAUUUAUCAGCACAUGCAAUGUGGAUGUGCGAUGGUUCCCAUUUGACAUCCAGCGCUGUGAACUGAAGUUUGGCUCCUGGACAUUUGAUGGCUGGCUGCUCGACCUCCAGAUGAAGGAGGCAGAUGUGUCAGGAUACAUGCCCAAUGGAGAGUGGGACCUGCUGGAAGUCCCUGGAGGUCGUCAUGAAGUUUUCUAUGACUGCUGUGCAGAACCCUAUCCAGAUGUUACCUUUGUGGUGACUUUGCGAAGGAGGACCUUGUUUUACGCCCUCAACCUGCUCAUCCCCUGUGUGCUCCUCUCCUCCAUGACUCUGCUGGUCUUCCUACUACCUGCCAACUCGGGGGAGAAGAUCAGCCUGGGCAUCACGGUUCUGCUCUCUCUGACUGUCUUCAUGCUGAUGGUUGCAGAGAUUAUGCCUGCCACUUCAGAUUCUGUUCCCCUGAUAGGUCAGUACUUUGCCAGCACCAUGGUGAUUGUUGGGAUGUCAGUAGUAGCCACAGUCAUCGUCCUUCAGUUCCAUCACCACAGCCCCAAGGAUGGACAAAUGCCACACUGGGUGCACUUGGUUCUGCUGCAGUGGGUUCCUUGGUUCCUGCGGAUGAAGCGUCCAGGAGAGGGAGUGGAGCCAACUCUUUCCAACAGCCAGACAGACUCUCAGAGCAAGACCCUUUCUUCUCCUACCACCACCACCAUCCCUACACCAGUGCCCUCCAUCCUCCCCCAGAGCCUCAACUCCCUGCAGGCCAGUCUGGCCCAGCUCAGCCACCCUAUGUCACAGCCACUCUCGCUUCAGCCCAACGCUCAGGCUGUCAUCCUCCCUAAUCCUGGCCACAGAGAUCCCAGCCCCAGUCCACAUCCACAGCCCAAUGGCCACCUGCUUUACAUGGGCUUUCAAACCAUCCAGACAAAUGCAGAGCUGGAGCCAGUUCAGAGGAGUGGAACUACAAGUUAUGGGAGGGCUAACAGUGGACUAUGUGGUGGAGAAGGAGAGGGAGGAGCAGCAGCAGGAGGAAGAGGAGGAACUGGAGAUACACCCAUCUGUCACCACCUCCCAUCUUCCAAGUUUGGGAACCUUCAACAAGACACUUCAGUGUCCCCAGACCCCGAACCAUCCACCACAUCCUCUGGACCGUGCGGCCUUGAAAAUGUGGCUGGAGCUGGGAGACCAGCCAUUAUACAUACCCACAGCGGUGUGAUACGGUCUGUGGCAGUAGACAGCCAGCUGCAGGCUCUUCUGGUGGAGGUGCAGUUUCUAGUCGAACGCGUUAGGGAGCAGGAUCGGCAGCUCAGUUUGGCGGAAGAGUGGCAGUUUGCUGCAGCUGUCAUCGACCGCCUGUUCCUGGUGGGAUUCAGUGUUUUCAACAUCAUCUGUACCAUCGCUAUUCUCAUGGCUGCACCCAACUUUGGAGAAGCACUGUCAAAAGACUUCCUCUGACAGAACAGAAACAGAGCGAUCUGACAGAUUGAGAAAUGCUGAGGGAUAAUACAGAUACAGAUUUGCGGUAAGCACAAUUGCUGUUCGUGACACUCAGACAUCCAACAGCAAAUAUUUCCUUUUCAGUCAGCUGGAAUAGACUGUGACACGUGUGGAGUCCACUGUGAUUCAGACAACACUGGGGUGCGAUUUUCUUUCUCUUUACUUGAGAUUUUCAUGAUAGAAUAUGCCUGGUCGUGCUCACAUUUGCUGUUCAUUCUGUUUGUGGUGGCUUCUAUUGGAUUAUUGUUCCCCAACAAAGGAAAAUAAUCAUCUCAUGCCUUGUCCACCAUUUUGGUGAAUUUUAUAAAAGAAAAUGGACCGACAACUGAAAUUUCCAUCAGAACAUAAAAUGGACAAAGGUUUGUGAAAUAACCAAGAAAACCACUGAUGAUUUUCUUUUUUCUUUUAUACAAUCAUAUAAGAAAUGAAAGUUUUUUUUUUUAUUAGUUUUGUGAAUGGAACUGGAAUGCAUGACUUUAUUAAAUCUGUCUUAAAGCAUUUGUACUGUGUCUCAGGAUGCAACAUGAAGACACUCAGUAUAGAAUCUGGAUGGUGACGUGCUGCUUAUAAAAUAGUUACACUCAUGCAGAAUUAAUUUCACAAUUUACACUUUCGGAGUUGAAACUGAUUGUGCUUACUGUUUAUUGAUAGGCUUCAACUGUUUAUCAGUAGAAACUCUUCCUGACAGUAUGGAAAAGUCUCUGUAUGCUCUUUUAUUGCAACUGUGAGUACACACAUUUUUUUACCACUGUGGGCUUUUGCUGCAGGAUCAAAUCAAGUUAAACUGCAAAUUUCCCAACCUUUUUACUUUUAAAAAGUGAUCAGCAUCUUUCCACAUGAGUACUCUGUCCCUGGGAGUGAAAACAAAAAAAAAAGUAUAAUGUUUAUCACAGUGGUACAGCCUGGGUGUCACCCAUGUAAUGAGAUGUCUGCAGCAGCUUCAUCAAUCACAAAUAGCUUCAUAAUAUACUGCAGCGAUUACUGUGAAGCAGAAAAUGUACUAAUAUGCUGAGAAAAAUAUGCUGCAGCUUCUUUUCUGCUUUUGUCAUUCGCUUUCUAUAAAACUAAAGUGUGUCUAAGAGGUUUGGAUGACAUGCUCUUUUCUUCUGUUUCUGAAUGUGGGAUGUACAUUCACAGUCACAGCUGACAAACAUUUCAAAACUAUGGGUUUCACUUGUGAUGCGGGAACAUUAUUGUCAUUUCAUGCAGAUGUAAGAUAAGAUUCAGAAUGCAGUGUGAAAGAGGGAAGAGAGAAAUCAGGGGUCUUGUCAGCUUUUCAUCUCACAAAUACGCACAUAUCACAGCAUGCAUUCACUCAUCUACUCACACUCUUGUGUAUGUAGAAGAUCUAUAGAGAAUUAUCUAUACAGCCCUGCCUUUGAAUGUGAAUAAUGCCAUACAUUUCACACAACUGUUGGACACUGAAAUGCCAGUAAGUUGUGACAGACUCAGCUGUAAACAUUGUGAAAUAAAUUGUCUCGUCUUUUGUACUCUCUA